UCAUAUUUUCAUAUUUUAAAAACUCUUCAAGAAACUUCACCUUCGAGUCUUCCUUUUGAAAGAUAUUUAGCACCACAAGAAAUUGAAAGUUCACCCUCGUUUGCUAUCGUUGAUCCGCCUACAUACGCUCGAGCGCCUGGAUUCUCAUUUGAUUUGUCUGUGUUACUUGAAGAUAAAACUAAACAAAUUACACUAAACAUUGCUGACAUAUCAUCUCAUAAAACUGUUAUUCAAAAUCUUCAAUCAUUAAGUAGACUUGAUGAUAGUCAAG